CAGAUUGUCCAUAUUAUGCUAAAGCAGAACUUCUGGCAGACUAUUUACAGAAGAAUCUUCCUGAUUUUAGGAUACAUAAAAUUACACAACAUCCUGAUAUUUGGGAGGAGUGGCUGGAAGAUGUGUGUGAAAAGAAUAAGUGGAGCCACAAGAAGUCUCCCAUCAUCUGGAGAGAGCUGUUGGAUCGUGGUGGAAAGGCUAUGCUUUUGGGAGGCUAUAAUGAGUUCCUGGAACAUGCCCAGCUUUAUUAUGGGGUCACCUCUAGCAUGACAAGUGAGCUGAUGAUGGUAGUUGCUAAAGAAAACCUGGGGACACAUAUAGAAAAAGAACUUGAGGAAGAAUCCCUCAAAGGACUCAUCAACCCCUUGCAGGUCUGGAUCACCAGUGCAUCGGCUCCUGCCAGCUGCGGCCUGAUUCCUUUAUUGACAAGUGGUGAGGUGUUUGGGAUGCAGACGGAAAUUAGCAUAACGUUAUUUGACAACAAGCGCGGAAACCACCUCACAUCCGUUCUGUUGGAGAGCCAGGACCUGGGAGCGCCUGUCCUCCGGAGUAUCAGGAUCUGCACUCGAGUGGAGGAGGCCUUCCACCAGGCCCACGUGGUCAUCAUCCUGGACGACAGCACCGAGAGUGAGGUGCUCAGCCUCGAAGACUGCAUCCGCAGCAGGGUUCCUCUGUGCAGGCUCUACGGAUACCUGAUUGAGAAAAACGCCCAUGAAUCCGUCAGAGUUGUUGUGGGAGGAAAAACCUUUGUGAAUCUUAAGACGGCCUUGCUUAUGAGAUACGCCCCGAGUGUCGCACACAACAUUGUCGCUGUGGCGUUGGGGGUGGAAGGGCAAGCUAAAGCUGCGCUGGCCAGAAAACUGAAAACCACUGCGGCAGGCAUCAAAGAUGUUAUAAUUUGGGGUAAUAUUAGUGGAAAUAACUAUGUUGAUCUGAGGAAAGCCAAGGUCUACAGAUAUGAGAGUGCUAUUUGGGGACCUCCUCACUAUUCACGUCCUGUUUUAAGCUUGGUUUUUGAUAGUGAGUGGUUAAACAAAGAAUUUGUGACAACUCUUCAAAACUUAUCAGCCACAGGAAAACAAUUUGGAGGCAUUUUGUCUGCACACAGUAUAGCCACUAUAUUGAAAUACUGGUACCACGGCUCACCGCCUGGGGAGAUUGUGUCUUUAGGAGUGUUGAGUGAAGGCCAGUUUGGUAUUCCUGAAGGGCUUGUCUUUUCUAUGCCUGUGAAAUUUGAGAAUGGAAGUUGGGUGGUUCUUACAGAUCUUGAAGAUAUUGAAAUAAAUGAACAAAUAAUGACCAGAAUGACAAGUGAUAUAAUUCAGGAAAAACUUGUUGCGCUUGGAGACGUGAUAUAUUUUGAACCAUACCAACCAGAACAUAAAUAUAGCAUAUACUCUGAUCUAGUCCCAGAAGAAGAAAAAGGUCUAGCUUUAUCAGAUAGUAAGUUGAUUGAUUUAUAAACAAUCUCUGUAGUGCUAAUGGUUGUAACUUACAUUGUCCAGACUUGUGAUGUUGUAGUCAGAAGAACACAGUUCAGUAACCAAUGGAAUUUUAAAAUAAUUCAAAACCUUUCCUUAUAGUUUGUAAAUGGUUGGAAGAGGGGAUAAAUAAUGUCAACAAUUUUUUUUUUUAAAUACUGAAGUUGCUUCCUUAUCGUACUCACUUCAGAGUCUCUCAAAUACUCUUCAACUCGAGCCGCUUAUGCCUCAUCCUUCUCACCCUUCCCUUCUCUUUUCAGUUCUUCAUUACAAAGCCCCAAAUGGCCAGUAUGGCAAUUCGGGGUUCUCCUGAGAAGGGAGGUGAGGGGGAGAGACUGAGAGAGCCAAGCCAAUAUUCUCUUUAGGAGGGAAGGGCUGGGAAACAGCUUGUUACCUUGUUAUCACAUAUAAUGUGAAUACUUAGAAAUAGUUAUGUAGAGGCCUAUAUAUUUUGUGAGUCUGCUUUUACAAAUUGUAUAUCCAAAAAAAAAAAAAAAAAACCCCAAUAUAGUCUUCCCAUUUUUACCACUUCUUUACCUGAAAUUGUCUAUAAAGAAAGGAGCUGGCAAGCAUUGGGGAGUUUCCCAGUGAUUUUUAUUGCUGGAAUCAAGGCUUCAGAGGGGGAUUGGUAGAAAGAUGCUACACUGAACUGGACAGUUGCUUGCUCCAUUUGCCCUCAGAGCCUUGGACAAGACAAAGCUUUUCCCUCUUGGUUGUGGGCUCCUGGAAGACUAAGACUGCAUAUAAGUCUGGUUUAGCAUCUUGCAACUCCUAGGAGAGCGAGGCACUCAGAGAAACGUGGAAUGGAAGGAAAAAGAAAGGAGAAAAUGGGAAUAACUGCAAAGAUCAAGGUGCUUUAAAUACUAAAUGCUUUAAUCUUUUAAUUCUCUCCUUGCUUCAGUAAAUUUUUUAGACCUGGUUCCUCAAAGUAUUCCAGAAAAGGCAUACAGUCCAGUACCCACAGAUGGUAUGUGGUAGAUAAAAUGUUAACUAAUCUUUUUUGUUCUACAAAUGAAACUGGAUAGAACAGGAUCAAGUUUCCUUGGGAUACAGUUCUUUUCACACUC